AAAACACAGCAACACACUGAAAAAAACUCUCUCACACACAACCCCUACAAGGGUUUGUUUUCCUCACCACACCGGCCUCUCUUUUUCUCUCAUUCUCUUCUCUUCUUUGCUCUCCUGCGGAAGAGAGAGAACACCCAAAACCACUCUCUCUAUCUCUCUAUAUAUAUAUUCUCUCACAAAAAUAAAAGCCUCUCUUUCAUAUUCAGCGUAUAAUACAGCUGAAUCUUUUUUUUUUUAAUUACCUCUGCAAGUUUUUAGUUCUGAAUCGAACGGCUUAGAUUGUCUGUUUUUUGCUAUACUUUUCAUUAGCGAAAGAUCCGAGGUAUGCAGCAAGGUGAUCAGACGGUGCUGAGCUUGAGACCUGGUGGUGGUCGCGGUAGCAGACUCCUUGGUCCUCGCUUUGAUACUUCUUCUACCAAUUCUACCCCUACUUUUGGUUCUUUUACCUCCGAUCUCCCACUCCUUCGUCCUCAUGGUGGUGCUCCUUCUGCUUUCUCUAUCAAGACUGGAGACUCGCGGUUUGAGGGUCGUGAGCGUGUCCGGUACACCCGUGACCAGCUGUUACAGCUUAGAGAGGCUGUUGAAGUCCCCGAUGACAUUCUAAAAAUCAAACGAGAAAUUGAUGCAGAAAUUAAUGGGGAAGAUCAAAAUUGGAGUCGUCCAGAAAGCAACCCACCACUUCAGCCUCAGGGUCGUUAUUCUGAGCCAGAUAAUCGUGACUGGCGUGGCCGAUCUGCACAGUUUCCUAACUCUGGAGAGAGUAAGGAAGUUGGUGGUCGAUUUGACUCCAGACAGCAGGAGGACAAUCAAUUUAACCGCCAAGACCAACUCAACUCGCAAUUCGCAAGGGCCCAGAUCUCUUCUAACCAAGGGGGAGGUCCUGCUCCUGCUCUAGUCAAGGCGGAGGUGCCAUGGUCAGUUAGAAGGGGAACUCUCUCUGAAAAAGAUCGUGUUUUGAAGACUGUAAAGGGGAUAUUGAACAAGCUUACCCCUGAGAAGUUUGAUCUGCUUAAGGGUCAACUAAUUGACUCUGGCAUUACAUCGGCUGAUAUCUUAAAGGACGUUAUUUCACUGAUAUUUGAUAAGGCUGUGCUGGAACCCACAUUUUGUCCCAUGUAUGCGCUUCUGUGUUCUGAUCUUAAUGAAAAGCUCCCACCUUUCCCAUCUGAUGAACCUGAUGGUAAAGAAAUUACUUUCAAGCGAGUCCUCUUGAAUAUCUGCCAGGAGGCUUUUGAAGGUGCUGACCAACUGAGACAAGAAAUGAGGCAGAUGACUUCACCUGAGCAAGAGACGGAGCGGCGGGACAAAGAAAGAAUGAUUAAGCUUCGAACUCUUGGAAACAUCCGUUUAAUUGGAGAGCUCCUGAAGCAGAAGAUGGUACCUGAAAAGAUUGUUCAUCACAUUGUUCAGGAGCUUCUAGGGCCACCUGAUAGCAAGCUUUGUCCUGCUGAGGAAAACGUAGAAGCUAUAUGUCAGUUCUUUAACACUAUUGGUAAGCAGCUUGAAGAGAACCAAAAAUCACGGCGUAUAAAUGAUAUGUACUUCAGUCGAUUGAAGGAACUGAGCACUAACCCUCAAUUGGCCCCUCGACUGAGGUUCAUGGUUCGUGACAUUCUUGAUUUGAGAUCAAACAACUGGGUUCCUAGGCGCGAAGAGGUAAAAGCCAAAACCAUCACUGAAAUACACUCAGAAGCAGAGAAAAAUCUUGGAUUGCGUCCAGGUGCUACUGCAAGCAUGAGAAAUAGUCGUGGUAUUAUUUCUGGUGCUCAAGGUAAUACCAGCCCAGGGGGUUUCCCAAUGGCCCGUCCUGGCUCUGGUGGUUUGAUGCCCGGAAUGCCAGGAACAAGGAAGAUGCCUGGGAUGCCUGGAUUUGAUAAUGAAAAUUGGGAGGUAUAUCGCAAUCGUUCAAUGUCAAGGGGUGAUGGAUCAGGUAUGCAGCCUGCUGGACGUGGCCAAUCACCAUUAGUUGGAAAGUCUGCAUCGCUGAGCUCAAGGCUCUUACCUCAGGGUAGUGGUGGCUUUAUAAGUGGGAAGACUAGUGCCUUAUUGCAGGGCAGUGCAGCCCCACCUGCUCGCCCUUCCAAUUAUGGUUUGAGUGCAGAGCAGACUAGUGCCCUAUUGCAGGGCAGUGUGGCCCCACCUGCUCGCCCUUCCAACUAUGUUUUGGGUGCAGAACCUUCACCCCAAGUCCCUGUAUCUGCUAAACCUACUCCUGCUGAGAAGCCACAGGCUUUGGCUGCAACAUUGAAUCUGGAUGAUCUUCGGAGAAAAACAGUCUCUCUUCUGGAAGAGUAUUUUGCCAUCCGCCUUUUGGAUGAAGCACUACAGUGUGUGGAGGAGCUAAAGUCUCCAGCUUACUACCCUGAGUUUGUCAAGGAAGCGAUUUCCCUUGGACUAGAGAAAAGUCCACCUUGCGCUGAACCAGUCGCGAAGCUUUUGGAGUAUUUAUUUGCUAAGAAGGUUAUUACAGCUAGAGAUAUAGGGACCGGAUGUCUGCUUUAUGCCUCAAUGUUGGAUGAUGUUGGCAUAGAUGUACCCAAAGCACCAAAUAAUUUUGGAGAAAUAAUUGGGAAUCUAGUUUUGGCUGGGGGAUUGGAUUUUAAGGUGGUGAAAGAGGCCCUCAAGAAGGUGGAAGAUGGCCGGUUCCAGAGAGCCAUAUUUGAUGCAGCACUCCUGGUUAUUAAAUCCAGUACAUCUGGACAAGGUGUGUUGGAUUCACAAGCAGCUGAUAUUGAGGCUUGCCAGUUCUCUGCAUGAGUACAUCACAUUCCUUAACAAGAUGUACCUGCUUUCUUUUGCUUCAGAAUGCCCCUUCCCAUAAUUACCCCCCUUUGAGAAAAGAGCAAUUUGUACUACAGUAUGUGAUAAGGUGGAACUGUGAAAAAACAGGUAAUUUUUAUCUGAGUUGUAUAUUUUUCCGAGGUCAUAGCAGUGUGUUAUUGAGGAAAUGAUCAAACCAUAAAUGCCAUGGAUUUUGUUCUCGAGUUUGGCUAAUCUUGCGGCACAAAGCUCGAGAAGAGUGAUCCAUUAAGGGAUCCAGUUGUUUUGUAUUUGAUUAGUUUUUCAAUCAUUUUUUAUUGUCUUGACUGGGAAA